GCAGAGAGAGAGGGAGACACAGAAUCCAAUGCUUAACCAACUAAGCCACCCAGGCGCCCCAAACUUUGCUUGAUUUCAAUGCCUCAGUAAUAUUAUUCUCUCUUUCAAAGCUGUACAGGGAGGAAGAAAUAUCCAAUGGCCCUGAGAAAUUAUACCAAGGUGUCUGAAUUUAUUUUUUGUGGACUUACCCAGUCUCAAGAGCUGAGCUUGCUCUUAUUUUUCUUUUUAUCUGUAGUUUAUGUAACAACUGUGUUAGCAAAUGUUGCCAUCAUGGUCACUGUGACCUACGAGUCCCGCCUUCACACGCCCAUGUACUUCCUGCUCCGCAAUCUCUCCGUCUUGGACAUCUGCUUCUCCUCCAUCACCGCUCCCAAGGUCCUCGUAGACCUCCUGUCAAGGACGAAGACCAUCUCCUUCAAUGGUUGCAUCACUCAGAUCUUCUUCUUCCACCUCCUCGGGGGGGCAGACAUUUUUUCUCUCUCUGUCAUGGCCUUCGACCGCUACAUGGCCAUCUCCAAGCCCCUGCACUACGUGACCAUCAUGAGCAGGGGGCGAUGCACUGCCCUCAUCGUGGCCUCCUGGGUGGGGGGCUUUGUCCACUCCAUCGUGCAGAUUUCCCUGUUGCUGCCCCUCCCUUUCUGUGGACCCAAUGUUGUUGAUGGCUUCUACUGUGACGUCCCCCAGGUCCUCAAACUCGCCUGCACCAACACCUUUGCUCUUGAGGUCUUAAUGAUUUCCAACAAUGGUCUAGUCACUACUUUGUGGUUUGUUCUUCUCCUUGUGUCCUACACAGUCAUCUUGAUGAUGCUGAGAUCUCACGCUGGGGAGGGAAGGAGGAAAGCCAUCUCCACCUGCACCGCCCACAUCACUGUGGUGACCCUGCACUUUGUGCCCUGCAUCUAUGUCUACGCCCGGCCCUUCACCGCCCUUCCCAUGGACAGAGCUGUCUCCAUCACCUUCACGGUCAUCAUCCCGGUCCUGAACCCCAUGAUCUACACCCUCAGGAACCAGGAGAUGAAGUCAGCCAUGAAGAGAUUGAAGGGAAGACUUAUGUUUUCUGAAAGGGGAUAACCUCAUUAUAGAUUGUUGAU